AUGUCACAGUCACCGUCUUCGGCCGGUGCUAUGGGUAUUGGGAAUGUGCUCAACACCAAGGGGAACGCUUCCAGUGCACAAGCCCUGCAACCAGGUGCAACGCCCGACCAACAGGCACCCGCUGCUCCACCUCAUCCCCUGCUCCCAGUCGAUCGGCCGAACUCCCCUCACGGCUCUGAGCAUUCAAGAUACUCCGGCCCGAUGAACACGUCGUACCCUUCCCCCACUGCCAUGGGCGCAGCGCCGUUACCGCCGGUGCCUAGUGCUAAUAUGGCGCCCGCCCCGAUGGGUAUGCCUGGCAUGGCACCGAAUGCCAUGACUGGGAUGCCCCCAGGAAGCUAUAAGGUUGAAGCACCGUCUCAGGCACCGGCUCAGGCUCCCCUCAAGGCUUACCCUUGCAGCACCUGCGGGAAACCUUUUGCCAGACGGAGUGAUCUUGCGCGCCAUGAGCGCAUCCAUAGCGGCAUCCGACCUCAUGUUUGUGAUUACCCAGGCUGUGGCAAGCAGUUCAUCCAACGGUCCGCUCUCACGGUCCACCAACGUGUGCAUACAGGCGAAAAGCCCCACCGGUGUGAGCGCUGUGGCAAGCCCUUCAGUGACAGCAGCUCUUUAGCGCGGCAUCGCAGGAUCCACUCAGGCAAGCGGCCAUACAAAUGCCCUUAUGCAGACUGCCAAAAAACCUUCACGCGCCGCACGACACUCACUAGACACCAAAACCACCAUGUGGGCACAGUUGAGGAUUCGGCGCGGGCGCGGGCCGAAGCCUUGGCCCAGGGUGCGAGUGCUGCUGCUGCGGCGGCGGCGGCGGCGGCAGCAGUCGCGAGAACCAAGUCGCAGUCGGAGAGUGAGCAGGCGUCGAAUCCUGCAUCUCCCCUUUCGAACCCAUCUCCCGCCCAACGCACCAUGUCCAUGUCGCCGGGUGCAGAGCUAGCCAACAUGAAUAACAUGCAGUAUCUGAGCAACAAUUCCAUUCCGGCGCACCUACGGACUGAUGUCCACGUUGGCAGCCCAGCAUCCACUGCGUCAUCAGGCUACAACAACGGCGUCCGUCCAACGUCCCAUCCUUCCGGCUAUGUCCCGCCCCAGACACUCGAACCCAAUUUGGAGCAGCACCAACAGGGUCCCGGUAGCGCGGCUGGGAGUCCGCACAUCGGUAGUGUCGGAUGGGCCUCGCCCGGCCCUGUCGGCUCCCCAGCUCAAAGCCCAAACGGCAACGGAUACGUGUAUCCUGACCCCGAGUCAUACCCGACAGGCACCCCCAUGGGACAGAUGUUUUACAACAGUGCCGCGGCAAUCAGACGGCCUGGCAGCGCAGAGCCGGGCAAUUCGAAUCAGCAGAGAGAACUCUGGGCAAAUGCUCAGUAA